AUGCAGCGGAGUCUCGGUCUAAGCUGGAAUUUGAGGGCCGAUACAUUCACCUUCGGUGUGCCUGCAAGGGACACUCCGAGCACAAGGCGGGGCGUGCUGUCGACCGUGAACAGCCUUUACGACCCUUUGGGAAUGACAGCUCCGGUAACCGUACAGGGCAGACUCCUGCUUAGGGAGCUAACUUCAUGCGCCAUAGACUGUGAUGCCCCUCUCGUACUGGACGACGAAUGGCAAACAUGGAAGGACUCGCUGCGCGCCCUUCAGCGACUCGAGAUACCACGCCGGUACGUUGCUGAAUCCGCCACCAAUGAUCGUCGACGAGAGAUCUGUGUGUCCUCCGACGCUUCAGAGAAGAUAAUAGCCGCUGUGGCCUACAUCAGGGUUACAGAUUCCAAGGGGACGCCUCACGUGGGGUUUGUGUUCGGCAAAGCGAAGCUGGCACCGCAGCCUGAACAAACCAUCCCGAGGUUGGAGCUAUGUGCCGCUGUGCUUGCCAUCGAAAUCGCUGAGCUGGUGAUCAACGAAAUCGAUGUUCGCAUCAAAGACGUCAGGUACUACACGGACAGCAAGGUCGCGCUUGGGUACAUCUGUAACCAGUCGAGGCCCUUCUACGUCUGUCAGCAAUCGCGUCAACAAAAUAAGGAGGCCCACGAAACCCGAACAGUGGCACUACGUCCCGACUGA